GCUCAGUUCAGGAUAACCUCACCCGCCAACUCCUCGUCAACCGUCUCCCAGUUGCGACAAAUCCGACAAGAUGGCGAAGUCCAAGAACGCGUCUCAGCACCACAACAGCCAGAAGGCUCACCGUAACGGUAUCAAGAAGCCUAAGACCAACCGUUACCCCUCCCUCAAGGGUGUUGACCCCAAGUUCCGCCGCAACCACAGACACGCUCUUCACGGAACCGCCAAGGCUCUGAAGGAGCGCAAGGAGGGCAAGCGCGAGGUCGCAUAAAUCAACUAAUAUAGAAACGUUUUAAAAAGAAAUGAAAGCGAUUUGAGUUGGUUGAUCUUUCUUUUUCACGCCCCCAGCGCAACAAUGGAUGGGAUCGUCUUGUCUUGUCGGAUUUAGCAGCACAGACUGGUCCCUCGUCUCCGGCUACAUGUUUCCGAAACGGUUGUCAAAUAAUACGAGGAAAUCGACUGGUUCUGCGGGUCAUACAUGGAAGCUAGAAGUGCUUUCUGUUAUCUUUUUCCCUUGUUCUGCUCGUAUUGCGAGUGACGUGGGUUUUUUUUUUUACUACAAGUUCGCUUCGGGUCAUUCGCAAAACUGAAGUCGGAUAUGUCAGGC